AUGUUCUGCCUGCGCAGCUGGAUACCCAUACUCUUCUUCCUCACCAACGCCUCGCCCGUCUACCUCGUCCUCUUCAUCUCCGCCACGUACUUCUUGAACAGACCCUGCGUCUACUGCAGCCUGCUCCUCGCCAUCCUGGUCAUCGCCCUCUUCGACUUCAACACCAGCUGGUUCGAGCCCAACGGCCGCUACCACCCCGAUGCCGACGCCGUCUCCUCCUCAAACGAGACCUACGUGCCGCCGUCUAAUGCGUCCAUGGCCCUUGACGUCGCCGUGGAGACGGUGAGCCUGCUGGCGGGAACGGUGAACAACACGGCGGGCACCCUGGUCUCGGCGGCCAUGGACGGCAUCAAGCGGAAGCGGGGCGCGCCCGAGGCGGCUGCCAGUGUCGCCGGCGCCUCGGCCGACUGGGGGAAGGGCUUCUUCGCGAGGAAGGAGUGGAAGGUGCCGUGCAUGGACGUCAUUGUACGGCUUUAA